AUGGCAAGCCUUGUGCUCUUGUUCAUCUUACUCCUGCCUACCAUAUCGUUGCCAGUUGCUCAUUGCAACGACAACGUCGGAUUCCAGCUCAAGUUGACCCACGUCGACGCGGGCACGUCCUACACCAAGCUUGAGCUCCUCAGCCGCGCCAUCGCCCGGAGCAAGGCCCGCGUGGCCGCGCUGCAGUCCGCCGCCGUGUCGGCGCCACCCGUGGUGGACCCGAUCACGGCGGCGCGCGUCCUCGUGACGGCCAGCAGCGGCGAGUACAUAGUGGACCUGGCCAUCGGCACGCCGCCGCUGUACUACACGGCCAUCAUGGACACCGGGAGCGACCUCAUCUGGACGCAGUGCGCGCCCUGCCUGCUCUGCGCCGACCAGCCCACGCCCUACUUCGACGCGAAGAAGUCCGCCACGUACCGCGCCCUCCCGUGCCGGUCGUCGCGGUGCGCCGCGCUCUCCAGCCCCUCCUGCUUCAAGAAGAUGUGCGUGUACCAGUAUUACUACGGCGACACCGCGUCCACCGCCGGCGUCCUCGCCAAUGAGACGUUCACGUUCGGCGCGGCCAGCUCGACCAAGGUCAGGGCAGCUAACGUCUCCUUCGGGUGUGGCAGUCUCAACGCGGGCGACCUCGCCAACAGCUCCGGCAUGGUCGGCUUCGGCCGUGGGCCGCUGUCGCUGGUGAGCCAGCUCGGGCCGUCCAGGUUCUCCUACUGCCUCACGUCGUACCUCUCGCCGACGCCGAGCAGGCUCUACUUCGGCGUGUUCGCGAACCUCAACAGCACCAACACCAGCUCCGGGUCGCCGGUGCAGUCCACGCCGUUCGUCAUCAACCCCGCGCUGCCCAACAUGUACUUCCUGUCGGUUAACGGCAUCAGCCUGGGGACCAAGCGCCUGCCCAUCGACCCGCUGGUGUUCGCUAUCAACGACGACGGCACGGGCGGGGUCAUCAUCGACUCAGGCACGUCCAUCACGUGGCUGCAGCAGGACGCCUACGAGGCCGUGCGGCGCGGGCUGGUGUCGGCCAUACCGCUGCCGGCGACGAACGACACGGACAUAGGCCUGGACACGUGUUUCCAGUGGCCGCCGCCGCCUAACGUGACCGUGACGGUGCCCGACUUCGUGUUCCACUUCGACGGCGCCAACAUGACGCUGCCGCCGGAGAACUACAUGCUAAUCGCGAGCACGACGGGGUACCUUUGCCUGGCGAUGGCACCGACCGGUGUCGGCACCAUCAUCGGGAACUACCAGCAGCAGAACCUACACCUGCUCUACGACAUCGCCAAUAGCUUCCUGUCGUUCGUUCCAGCUCCGUGCGACAUUAUAUAG